CCUGAUCGGCCGUGCGUUUCGUUUGUUAGCAGAUCUCAGAGGGUUCUACUAGUACUAGUACUAUUCCCCAUGUGGGCAGUGUCAGGGUUUCAAGUUUUUGGCUAACGAAUAUUGAGGGAACUGUAGCAAGAUCGCCAUGAGCAAAGACAGCAAACCAUCUGGCUCAUCCAGCAGCAGUAACAGCUUCUUUGAGCUGAUGGGCUUCAUCAAGAAGAAGCCAGCCCUCCCUGAGGGCUGGAUCGUCAAGCAGUCCACCACCUACCCGGACCGCGUCUACUUCUUCAACGUCCGGACUGGUGCCACCACCUGGAAUGCUCCGGAAUUCUUGUCAAGCGACUCUGGAUCGCGAAGGUCAUCAUCAAAUUCCUCAGAGGCAAGCGACAAACCAUGGAGGCCAACGAGCUCCCUUGCAAAGGCUGCUCACACUGUGACCUCUCUGGCCCCGCGGAGCGGAGCCACACAGAGCGACUCUAGACAGCCACCAACCACGAUGCAACCAGGCAAAUCCCGUCCUUCCGAGGUUGGAAUUCCCUCAGCAAAGGGAGGGCUCAAGACUCUCGGCAAGAAGGCGGAGGGUAAAGUAGGAUUGAGCCCGCCCCUGGUGGCACUGCAACAUGCAGACUGGCUCAAGGUGCAGUUGUUAAAGGAACCCAGUAAUGCAGGCAGCAAGAAGCAUUCCUUGGAGGUCAGAGCGAGCGCAAUCAGCCACUCGCCCCCCUGGGGCAUUCCCAUGAGAGUUUCCCACCCCACCGGCACCCUGACCCCCGAGUCCUUAACCCCGCGGUCCCUUGCCAGUCCCAGUGGCCGUGACACAAGUUCUGUCUCCUCUCUGAGUUCCAAGCUGGGGUCUCCCACGAAGCCCAAGCCUCUUCCGGCCAGGAAAAAGAGAAGUCACAACUCUUCUGAGUCCUCAGACUGUGAGACCCUCUUGCAGCUGCAUUCCAAAUCUAAACAGCUCAAGGCAACAAUUGGCCCGAAAGAGUCUCCAACCAACACCUCCCACAGCGAGGCAACUCCCAGCAAACAAAAGACCAAAGGCCCAGGCAAGGACUGUUCCAAGACAGCAGUUGUACAGCCACGAGUGCCGUCGGCUCCCAACCAACGAGACCUGAGGGAGCAGCUGAAUAGACCCAGGCAGAUCAAGACAGACCGUGAGCAGCCCCAACCAAAGAAGCAAACCGGCCAGGACUCGGCUUCCAAGUUGCCUUCCGCCCGAACUCAGCCACCUAAGCCACCCCCUCCUACGGUCACUCACAAGGAUAAACCCAAGUCUGACUCUUCCGUGGGCGUCACGAGCAAGGAAGCGUCAUCGAAGCCCAAGAAGAUGAGCAGGGCGAGUUGGAGGAGGAAGGAGUUCAGGGCAUCUAAGAAGGAUGGUGACAGCAAAGGGCCUGCCAUCAACUUCACCAACGACGUUCACAACGUUCUUGCAGUCCCAGCCGCCGCCAACAUGGAGACAAGCAGCUCUUCAGGCCGUGGGCUUGUUCAUGCGGGUCCAGGUGUAGCCUCAGUUCCAGCAGCAAGUGAGGACGACGAGUCAAGUCAGAUGGAGAUUGACUUGCCAAGUGAGAGUGUGGACACCAGUGGAGGCUCUAGCAACAAAAAUCUGGGUCUCUGUAUUGUUCUGGACACCAAUGUUCUGAUGCAUGACCUGGUGUUUGUGAAAAACCUUCUGGAUAUAAGGAUUCCAGGACUCGGUCUACCACACUUAGUCAUUCCGUGGGUCGUCAUGCAAGAACUGGAUAGUUUGAAGAAUGCAAGCACGAAAGGUGGCCAGGCGUGGAACGCUGUGCAAUUUCUGCACAAGUGCGUCAUUAGUGAUCACCCAAGGGUCAAAGGUGAACCACUGAGAAAGACUUCUGAUGAAGCAGAUUUUGAGAUCACGUGCAAUGACGACUGGAUUCUACAGUGCUGUCUUCAGCAACAAAAGAAAGUUGGUAAAGAUCUUGCAGUUCUGCUGACCAACGACAAGCAUCUGUGCAGCAAGGCUGUCAUUAGCAGCAUCAAGGCAUUCAGCAAGGAGACGUUGCUGUCUGGCCUGGAAGCACUAGCUGGCGUUUUGCAGCAUCGUCCGCCCCUGCCCCCAGAUCCCCCCGACCCACCAGUCGUUGAGACCCAUCGACCGAGGACACCUGUAGAACCUCCACUCACAGCCAAGGCAGAAAAGGAACUAUGCGAUGAGCUACUUUGCCAAGUGAAAGAAACACUCCUCCAUGGCCUGACCACGGUGAUGGAGACAGAAAUGAAGGAAGCCUACGAUGAACUUUGGAUGGAGAUUGUCAUUGUCAAACCUCCUUGGUCAUUUCAAGAUUUGGUGCAGUGCUUUGAAAAGCACUGGAUCGCCCUAUUCGGCCUUUUCCUGAACAAAGAAGACAGUCGCCACUUUCAGCAAAUCGUGGAACUGACAAGCGCCAUCAACACGUCAUUGGACAGUGUCAAGCGACUCAUCAACAGCAGCGUUUAUUUCUGUCGGAGACUGCACAAUCAGAAAAGGUACGGCAACGCCCUGGAACAACCCAUUCUGAGAUUAGGGGAGAUCAAGAAGCACUGCCUGGUUCCGUCCUCGGAGGGGAUGCUGGCUCCCUCUCGAGCUUUGCCCAGCGAGGAGCCAGCGCUGAAACUCAGCGAGGCCACCAAGAUUGUCCCCGUUGUCUUUGAAGUGGUUUGGAUGAAAAUCUGCCAGUUGAGCGCAUUGAUCUUUGAAGGUCUUGGUGUCCCCCACGAUCUUGACAUGGACAAGACUUGUGUCAUCCCCUCAGCGCUGGAAUGCCACGCCUGCCUGGACAUCCUGUGCCCACUCCUGCAGCAGAUUAUCAAAGCAUUGGAAAGGGUGACAGAAAUCCCCGACAGCUGUGUCAUGGAGACGCCAGUGCCAUUUCAGAGGCUUCUUCAAACUAUCUAUGUCUUCCUUCGGGAGUUCGUGGCACAAGAAAAGGAGAGAUUUAACGGCCUGACGACGCUGACCCUACAAAAGUUUGUCACGGUCUUCAGCAACCGACAGUUGCUAAAGAAUGGAAUAGUGCAGUUGACCAGUGCCCUCACUAAGUUGGCUCAGUGCCACGGAAUCCCCUCAUGACCUAGGAGAUGACCUUUGACCUCUACCAAGUUUCAGUUCAAAGGCCGGUGAGACAGUUUGCGGUGCAUAUGUUCUUAUUGUGAAGAAUGCCAUUUACUUUGCAUGAUGCAGCCAAACAAAAGACAAGGUUGAAAGGUCGUGCGAUGAGGGGUCACACCUGGGUUAAAAAUUUACAUUUGUCAUUGAUGACGGGUGUGAAGUCAUCCCCUCUGGCAUUCCAGAGUGGCAACUCUGGCUGUGAUUGGCUCAGCCAAUCCUAGCCCCCAACCAAUCCUGGGGUUAUACAGGGUAUCAAGGCUCACAAAAAUUCUCAAAAAUCUCAAAAAGUUGUAAGGACAGACUGCCAAGUCCUCAGUCCUGGUUUGAUCUGUUGAAGACUCGUUAGGUGAGAGCUCAGCUGAUUUCGGGGACUUUUGGGGGUUUCAGAUUGUUCCUGUGAAUUUCAGUGUUUGUACACCUGCUCUGUACAUAAUGAGGGGAACUUUUCAAAUUUCAGCUUUCUGCUAACCAUUUUCAGCUUGUUUUUGUUUGUGGCCCUUCAAAUCCCUGUUAGGAAACUGAUCUGCCAGUUUUUGUUCAAUAUUUUCGGUUGUUCACCACUGUGCGGUAUAUCAUCUCACAUUUUAUAGGAAAAAAAGACUGCUUUCUGGGUUGCAUGGAUAUAUAUGAUUACGUGGUAUGUUUUGAGAUUGAUACUUUAUUUUUAUAUAAGAGUCUUUAUAUUUUCUUUAUGUUGAUUGUGUAUGCCUUGGGUUCAGAGAUUCUAUGUACGUACCAGUACUGCGAUUAGUGUCACAAAUAAGUUAUUGCUCUAUAAAGUCAGGUUUUUAUUUGUUUAAAUUAACUCAGGUACAGCUCGUGUCACAGCGGAGAGAAAAGGUAUUCCUAUUGACAAGAAAGGGUUUUGUGUCCAAAGUCAAGCACAUUGGCCCAGCUAUGAGAGGAAUGAUAUAGAACAUUUACACGAAAGAGUCAUUCCGUGAGGUUGGGGCACAAUUUGUGACGGUGUCCAUUGUUACGUGGGUUCGGUAAAAAUGAAGAGCUAUUUCCCU